GGCUUGUUCCCCUCCUCAUCGCAUCGCGGCUGCGCGUCCCGUCUUGGCUCCUCCGACGAUGAGCAUGUACGACGAUGGCAUGCAUCUGCCGACGCGGCCAGUCGACAAGGACAAGGCCGAGGCAGAGCUGGUUAUAAACAUCAAGAAGGCGACGAGUCCGGAGGAGACGGCGCCCAAGCAGAAGCAUGUUCGGAAGUGCAUCGUCUUCACCUGGGAUUAUCACUCCUCGAUCUCGUUCUGGAGCGGCCUUCGGGUGCAACCCAUCCUUUCGGAUGAGGUGCAGACGUUCAAGGCUCUUAUUACGGUACACAAGGUCCUGCAAGAAGGCCAUCCAGUGACGAUCAAGGAGGCCCAUGGUCAGACGGCGUGGCUCGAGACUUGCGCACGCACAGUGGGGGUGGAUUCUGCAAGAGGCUACGGGCCUCUGAUUAGGACAUAUGUCCAGUUCAUCCUUGCCAAGCUUCGAUUCCAUCGCCUCCGCCCGGAAUUUAACGGCCUCUUCGAAUACGAGGAGUAUGUGACGUUGAAGGGGAUCGAUGAUCCCAACGAGGGCUAUAAGACGAUCUCCGACCUUAUGGGCCUGCAGGAUAUGAUUGACUCCUUCCAAAAGAUGGUCUUCUCGCACUUCGGUCACUCUUCGAACAACGAAUGUCGCAUUUCUGCCCUUGUACCUCUUGUCAAAGAGAGCUGGGGCAUUUACCGCUUCAUCACCAGCAUGAUGCGCGCCAUGUACCGCAGAACCAAUGAUACCGAGGCCCUCGAGCCCCUGCGACAGCGCUACAUCUCUCAACACCACGCCCUUCGCAAGUUCUACUACGAAUGCUCUAAUCUCAAGUAUCUCACUGGUCUCAUUAAUGUGCCCAAACUUGGCCACGAACCUCCUAACCUCAUGGACUCCGGCGACGCUCCUGACCUACCUGCUCGACCUCGCACUACUGCGCCGAAGUCCCCCACGCCCCCGCCUGCUGCUCCGACGCCGGACAUGUCUGCUGCUAACGAGCAAGCACGCUUGCUGAAACAGUACGAAGAUCAGCAGGCUGCACUCAGGGCACAGCAAGAGGCGGAGGAGCGACAGCGGUUAGCGCUUCAGCAACAACAACAAAUGGAAUUCGAGCAGCGCCAACGGGAGCAGGCAGAGGCCCAGCGGCUCGCGCAGGAGCAGCUACUGCAGCAGCAGAUGAUGUACUCCAAUCAGGCUGCCGCGGAGCAGGUGCAAGCCCUUGAGUGUGAGCUGCUGAACAUGCGUGGCCAGUACGAGCGCGACCAGAUCUUCCUUGAGCAGUACGACCGCCGCGUCAAAGCGCUCGAGGCCGAGCUAGCGAAUGCGGGGCAGACCAUCGGCGCGCAGAUGCAGAGCAAGGACGAGCUCAUCAAGCAGCUGCAGGACCAGGUCACCCUGUGGCGCAACAAGUACGAAGCGCUUGCGAAGCUCUACAGCCAGCUGCGCACGGAGCACCUCGACAUGCUGUCCAAGUUCAAGAACAUGCAGCUCAAGGCGAACUCCGCGCAGGAGGCAGUAGACCGCAUGGAGAAGAUGGAGCGCGACUUGAAGGCCAAGAACCUCGAACUUGCGGACAUGUUGCGCGAGCGCGACCGUGCUCGGUUCGAUAUGGACCGGCAGAAGAGCGCGCACAAGGAGGAGAUGGACCGUCUGAAGCGCGAGCUUGACUUUGCAAACGAGCGCGCGGAGGACUCGUCGCGCAACAAGAACAACGAGGUCUCGCAUGUCAUGAGCCGGUACAACAGGCAGAUCGCCGAGCUGGAGGAUACCCUGCGUUCCAAGCAAUUCCAGAUCGACGACCUGAUGGCCAAGUUGGAGGACAUCCGCAGUGAGGUGGACAGGGUUCGCGAGGAGAAGGACGCCGAGAUCGAGGUCCUGCAAGCAGGCAUGGAUGCAACCAUCCAGCAGCUCGCAGAGGCGCAGCAGAGCCAAGGCAUCGCCGACGAGACUACGAACGCACAGAUUGACACGCUCAUUCUCGACAACCGCAAGAAACUCAACGACAUCAUCGACUCCAUCCUGCAGGCUUGCGUGCAGAAGGUCGACGAUGCUAUCUACGAACUCGAGUCGCCAACACAAGCCGGCAACACCAAUGCGACGCCCGAGUACACGCUGUCCAUGAUCGAGAAGGCCGUCAACAACGCGACCGACUUCGCCACCAUCUACAGCCUGUACCUUGGCGGUGAACCUGGUGGCGAGCACGUCGAGGUCAUCAAGGCCGCGAACGAAUUUGCGCAGUCGCUCUCCGAAGUCCUCAUCAACACCAAGGGUGUUACCCGCCUCGCGAGCAACGAUGAUGCGUCUGACAAGAUCAUCAACAUUGCGAAGACGGCAGGUGACGUCGGCUUGCGGUUCUUCCUCAACCUGCAGUCGUACAAGAUGGACCUCCUGCAGCCGACACAGCGCAGGGACGUACCCAUGCGGAACAACGUCGAGACCCGCAGUGCGCUCUCGAAGCUCUCCGAGAUCAUCGACGGCUUGGUGUCGAAGGAGAUCAAGUCUGACCUCAAGAAGGGUGACAUCGGUGACAUGGUCGAGCGGGAAAUGCUUGGCGCCGCUCGUGCUAUCGAGCUCGCCACCCAGCGCUUGCAGGAGCUCAUGUCGCGUCCACGCGAUUCGUCUCGCUUCAGCGCCGUCGACUUGCAGGUCCACGACUCCAUACUCCAGGCUGCUAUGGCGAUCACGAGCGCCAUCGCUCGCCUCAUUCAGGCCGCCACGGAGUCUCAGCAGGAGAUUGUGGCGCAGGGCAAGGGCUCGAGCACGACCCAGCAGUUCUACAAGCGCAACAACCGCUGGACAGAGGGUCUUAUCUCCGCUGCCAAAGCCGUCGCCUUCGCUACCAACCUGCUCAUUGAGAGUGCCGACGGUGUGCUGUCCGGCACGCACUCGCUCGAGCAGCUCAUCGUCGCCUCGAACGAGGUUGCGGCCGCGACUGCUCAGCUCGUCGCUGCUUCUCGCGUCAAGGCUAACCUCAUGUCCAAAACCCAGGAGCGCCUCGAGCUCGCCGCGAAGGCUGUCACCGAGGCCUGCAAGGCGCUCGUGCGCCAGGUCAAGGCCAUCUCCGCCCGGGAAACCGAGGAGGAAGAGGUCGACUACAAGAACAUGGCGACGCUCGAAUUCAAGAAGCGCGAGAUGGAGCAGCAGGUGGAGAUCCUCAAGCUCGAGAAGGAGCUUGGGGCGGCGCGGCAUCGGUUGGGCGCGAUGCGUCGGGCGGGAUACCACACCGACGAGACCGACUGAGGCUGAGGCGGCGUGCUCAUUUACAGAUGUGGAAAGGUGGACAAGGGAAUUUAUAUGUAUACGCCUUCUGAAUAUUCGGAUAAUCAUUCUUUCAUCGUAAA